AGCUCCUUGUUUCCUGGGGGGAGGUUCUGAAGGGAUUAGUUGCCGGAUGUGAAACUGCACCGGUGCAGAAUGAAUGCUGCUUUUGACUUAAAAUAAUAAUAUUAAUAUUAAUAACAACGGAGGGUUUUAUUGCUGUUUAAAAAGCUAUAAUCAAAGGUGAUGACAUAGAUUACUCAAGGAAACAGAGCAUAAAAUAAUAAUCUGAUUCCAGUGAAAUUUCCUUCUGUUGUCAAUACAAAUUGCAAUGAAAAAUCGAUUUAUUGCGUGUUGAAAAGCUGUUUUGUUUCCCUCCCCCAGUUCAUGCCUGCAUCAAGCCUCUCUUGUUGCAGGAGGUAGUUGAUGAAGAUGAAGCUGAAACUGAAGAAUAUCUUCUUGCUGUAUUUCAUGGUCUCAAUAUGCGGGCUGAUGUACGCGCUCCUGCAGCUCGGGCAGCCCUGCGACUGCACCCUUCACUCCAGGCAGAGCAGCGAUCUGGUGAACUCUCGGGACAGGACCAUCUCCAGACUGCAGGGGGAGCUCAAGAGACUGCAGGCGAGGGGGAACCCGGAGGGGCCGCCCAAACCAGCCCUGCCCACCAUCUACGUCAUCACCCCCACCUAUACCAGACUGGUACAGAAAGCUGAGCUGACCCGCUUGUCUCAGACGCUGCUUCACGUGCCCAGUCUGCACUGGCUGGUGGUGGAGGACUCCCCGGUGAAGUCAAGCCUGGUCUCGGAGCUGCUGAAGCAGAGCGGGGUGCCAUACACGCACCUCUGCACACAGACCCCCAAAGACUUCAAGCUGCAAGAAGGGGACCCCAACUGGCUGAAGCCGCGUGGGGUGGAGCAGAGGAACCUUGCCCUGCAGUGGCUCCGGGAGAAUCGGGGUCCCUCCGAUGAAGGGGUGGUCUACUUCGCAGACGACGACAAUACUUACAGCCUGAGGCUCUUCGAGGAGAUGCGUUUCACGAAGCGGGUGUCUGUCUGGCCGGUGGGGCUGGUUGGAGGGGUGCGUUUCGAGCGCCCCCUGGUGGAGAAGGGGAAGGUGACGGGGUUCUACACCGCCUGGAAGCCGAACCGGCCCUUCCCGAUGGACAUGGCGGGAUUCGCGGUGUCCCUGCCGCUGCUCCUGGCAAACCCGGCCGCGCGCUUCCACCUCUCUGCCCAGCGAGGGAACCUGGAGAGCAGCCUGCUGCAGGCGCUGGUGUCCAUCGAGGAGCUGGAGCCCAGAGCUAGCAACUGCACCAAGGUGCUUGUCUGGCACACCAGGACUGAGAAGCCUAAAAUGAAACAAGAGGACGCCCUGCUUCUGCAGGGCCUGGGCUCCGACCCCGCCGUAGAGGUGUGACCCCCCCCCCCC